AUGGGAAAUCUUCAACCUGGUCGUAAUGAACGUCCAGAAUUAAGUGAACGUGAAUUAUCCUAUAUAACUCUUCAUACAAAUUUUACGCGAAAACAGAUCGAUGAUUUUCAUGUUCGUUUUUUAACAUAUUAUCCACGUGGUUAUAUUAAUUUUGAUCAAUUUUGUGAUUUAUAUUCUAAUGAAUUAAAACAUUUACAAAGUUCACGACCAUUACUUGAACGUUUAUUUCAUCAUAUUGAUACAGAUAAAGAUGGACGAUUAAAUUUUAAAGAAAUACUUUUCUUUAAAGCAAUUAGUUUACCAGAAACAGAUAAUAAUGAAAAACUUCGAUGGAUUUUUGUUCUUUAUGAUACUAAUCAAGAUCGAAAAAUAGAUCAACGUGAAUUUUUAGAUUUAUGCUAUUUAGUUUAUCAUAUUCAUGGACAUUUACUAACAAAAAAUCGUUUAGAUGAAUUAAAACGCUUAUUUGCCAAAUUUGAUAUCAAUGGUGAUGGCCAAUUAAAUUGUUAUGAAUUUCUUCAAUUAUGUAAACAAUGUACAGAUUUACUUGAAUUUCUGGCUCCAAUGUUUAACAAUACAACAUGGAAUAUUAAAAAAGAUGAUCUUUCAACAUUUACAAAAACAAAUGAACUUACAUCGAAUAAAAUUGAAUAUUUAAUUAAACGAACAAAAUUUUCUCGUGAACAAGUUUCACAUUAUCAUGAAAUAUUUCGAACUCGUUGUCAUUCUGGUCGUUUAACAAAAAAUGAAUUCGUUAAUUUUUAUCAACAAUUACUUCCAUCAACAUCAUCAGGAAUUUAUUCUGAAUUUAUAUUUCGAGCUUUUGAUAAUUUAUCAAAAGAUGGUUUUAUACAAUUUGAUGAAUUUCUUAUUGCUAUUUAUAUUCAUAGUAACGCAAGUACACCACGUGAAAAACUUGAAUGGCUUUAUAAUGCUUAUGAUCGUGAUGGUGAUGGAAUAAUUGAUUAUAAUGAAUUAAAUCAAAUAAUUCAUGCACUUUUUGUUUUACAUGGCAUUGAUAAAGAAAAACAUAGUGUUGCUUAUGUGACAUACGAAAUAAUGACUAUUUUAGAUUUAAAUAAUGAUGAUAAAAUAUCAAAACAAGAAUUUUUGAAUAUGUUAAAAGACAAAGAACUUACGAAUUUUUUGGCACCAUCAUUUGUUAAACAAAACUGA